AUGAAGACGCUCCACCUGCUGUGCGGCGCCGCCCUGGUGGUGGCUGCCGCUGGCAGUGCCGCGGGAACCGAGGCCGUCGACCAGCCUACCCCGGCGGUCGAUCAGGGGUCCCCCGAAGUCACCAAGGAGCGGGAGACAGGCUCAGGCCAGCGCAGGGGACGCUUCUUUGCCUCCUUCUGGAAUCUACUCGGCUACAAUGAGGAGAAGGAAGAGACCAAAGUGGAAACUGUUCCCGUUCCUGUUUCCGUGGCAACGGUGCAAACUGCUCCCAAACCCAUCCACAUCAACCCAGUCAUCGUCCUGAAGCAGGAGCAUCUGACGGCGGCACUACCCAAACCAGUAAUCGUCCAGUCUGCCCCUCCGAAGCCCAUAUUUGUUCAGCCUGCCCCUCCGAAGCCCAUAUUUGUUCAGCCUGCCCCUCCGAAGCCCAUAUUUGUCCAGCCAGCCCCUCCCAAGCCCGUGUAUACGCCGCCAGUCCACCCGGAGCCAGUGUACGCGCAGUCAGCACAUCCGAAGCCAGUGUAUCCUCAGCCGGCCACUCCUGUCAUCCAACACGGCAACGACGGGUGCAAGACUGAUUAUCAGUGUCCCAAGGGCUCCUACUGCCUCUCCUACAACUGCGUCCAGUGCAUAACUGACAAGCACUGCUCCGCUGGUGGCCGGCACAGUCGUACCUACCAGAGGCGGUGCGAGCACAACCGCUGCGUGGACAUCUGGCAGGAUGACGUCGUGAAGUGCACCAAGUACUCGGCGUGUCCCGAUGGCCAGUACUGCUCGGCAGGAAAGUGCACGCCCUUCGUACCCGAGUGGAUGCCGUGCUCGGUGGCCGAGAGCUGCCAGUCCAACAGCUGCCUGCAGGGAAAGUGCGCCGAGUGCUCCCAGUGGAAGCCGUGCGCGGCCGGACAGUUCUGCGACCACGGACACUGCAAGUCGCCGGGUAACACCGGAGACAGCUGUUGGCUCAGCUUCCAGUGUCAGUCGCACAUCUGCUGGCAAGGCGCUUGUGCCGACUGCGCCCACCACAGCGACUGCAGGAACGCAGGAGAGUUCUGUGAGAAAGGCCAGUGCAAGUCCCUUCUUGGGUACGGCGAGAAGUGCUCCGAGAACAGCCAGUGUGCGUCCAGAAUUUGUGACAGCAUCACGGGCCAGUGCGUUGACUGCAGGAACUCACUGACUUGCCCUGACAACAGCUUCUGUAGCACGGGCUUCAAGUGCGUGCGCAAAGGCAUGUUCAAGGAUGCGUGCACGUCAGACAGCCAGUGCCUGUCAAGGAGAUGCGGACCCAAAAACACGUGCGUUCAGUGCAACCGCCUGCAAGACUGCAACAGCAGCACCCACUUCUGCGACAUUUCCUUAGACGGAGCGUGCACGCCGCUGAAGCGAGUCGGACAGAUCUGCGACGCGAACGAGCAAUGUCUGGCACCCCUGACGUGCAGCCCGAGCACCAACAAGUGCGUCCAAUGCCAGAUCAACAGUCAGUGUAUGGACAGUCAGCGCUGCGACAACACCCUGGGCAUGUGCGUGGCCAAGUCUGUUCUGGGUGACUCGUGUGUGGGUGACUCGGACUGCCAGAGCGGGGUGUGCGGCAUCGUGUCCAACCAGUGCGUCCAGUGCCGCGCCGGUGUGGUCGGGUCCUGCCCCGCCACCUCCUUCUGCACCGUUGAUGGCACCUGUGUGCCCACCAACGUGCCGCUGAACGGCGCGUGUCCCUCGGGGCAGAACGAGCAGUGCGCCGUCGGUCUGGUGUGCACCAACCUCGUGUGCAGAUCUCCGACAUCGGUCAUCGACCCGUCACAGACCGUUUCGCCCAACACUCCCACCCCUGCCGCGUCCGGCCCGUUCCAGGCCCGAUCCUUCGGACGCCGCUGA